AUGGCAACAAUCGUCGAAACCCACAAACUCAAUCUUCACGACGUCGAAAUCGUCCAGGCGCUUGUCUACAGCUCGGAAUCCAACUGUGCCGAAUUGAAGAGAACAUUCCAGUUGGAAUUGGCUCAUGGAUACAAUGAAGUUCGAGUUCAGAACCUCCCAUUCGAUUUGGUUCAAGAUUCGAUUCGUGUCUCCGGAUCUGGAGAAGCUGUGAUCCAUGAUGUCUCCGUUAAGAAUCAAGAGGGAUCCGAUUUUGUUAUUCCGGAGAGAGUUUUGGCGAUCAAGGCGACUUUUGAAGAAAAGGAGAGAGCAAAGGACAAGAUCAAUGAUAGCAGAACAGCAGUACAGAAGAGAAUCGAAGGAUUGGAUAAUUUGAUUACGGAAUCAGUGAAAAAUGGAAAAGACGGAAGUCUUCAUUUCGAUGGGAGAACUAUUGAGAGUUUGAAUGCUCUUCAUGCUUAUCAUCAGGAUAAGACUGUUGAUCUUCGUGCGCAAAUUAGAACUCUGGAUCAGGAAUUCAGAAGAGCCGAGGAAGAAUUCCAUAGAGCUAGCCAAGACUGGGAUAACACUGGAUACAGAUGGAGAAACUCUGCCCAAUACGCUAGCAUCGUCGUCGAAUCUACUGAUGGAGGAUCCGUGGAACUCACUGUGACAUAUCAAGUGAACAAUGUCGCCUGGUUCCCAUUCUACGAUAUUCGUGUUACUUCUGGAGACGACGCUGAGAUGCACAUCACAUAUUUCGGAAAAGUUCGCCAAUUCAGUGGGGAGGAUUGGAAGAAUGUCCCACUUAUUCUGUCGACUGCUAAGCCAGCACAUGGAGUCAAGCAGCUGCCAAAACUCGGUGCAUUGGAAGCUUCGAUCGUUGUUCCAGAGCCAACGCAUAGAGAACAACAUGGAAUGGUGUACGCAGAAAUGGCAUAUGACGCUGCUCCGAUGAUGGGAAGAGCCAUGUUCAAGAAUGCAUCAGCAACAGUGAAGACUAGCAAUAUUGCAUCUGAAUUCAGCAUCGGUCGUCCAGCAACAAUUGAUGAUCGUACUGAAGAAUACAAAGUGAAUAUCGGUCAAUUCACUCUUCCAACUAAACUAUCAAAUGUGACUGUUCCAUCGAGAAAUGCCGCCGCUUUCCUUGUUGCCAACUCUGUCAACUCUUCUGAUUAUCCACUUGUCGCUGGCCAAACUUCCAUCUUUUUGGAUGGUGCAUUCGUCAACAAAGGAGAAUUUGAAGACGCCGUCGUCUCGCAGAAAUUCGAAGUUUCUCUUGGAGUUGAUCCAAACAUUCGUGUAGAGUACAAACCAGUGAAGAACUAUCAAGAGAGAACUGGAACCGUCGAGAAGCUCAACUCACAGGUCACUGAAAAGACAACCGCCGUCACCAAUCUCCGUCCAAACCCAGUGCUUCUCACUAUCCGCGAACAGCUUCCAAGAUCUACGGAUUCCAGAAUCAAGGUCACUCUCGAGUCUCCAGAAGCCAAAGAAGUUUCCGAGUCAUCCGCUGAACCAACCGUUGGAGCCGAGCUCACUCCAGAGAAGAUUCUUGACUACACCGUUCAAUUGGCGCCAGGAGAGGCUCAAAACUUCACUGUGAAAUAUACCGUUGAGCAUCCAGCCGCUGAACAAGUCAGCUACAGCGAGAACUUCUAG